GGGGAAGAGAGGUGAGUAUAAAAGCUUUGCUGUGAGGAAUUAGGGGAUAUUCCUCGGGAGAAAAAACACACAGAGAGAUAUUUCCAAGACUUCCCACUUCAUAAUUAUCUUUCCGGACAGGCAGAUAAACAAGCCCCAGGAUGAGGAGCCUUCUUCAGUUUCUGGCACUCUGUGCUGCGAUCUCUUUCUGCGUCUGCUACGAGUCUCAUGAAAGCACAGAAUCCGUUGAAGAUCUGUUUGUGCCGCCAAACCAAGCCAACUCAUUCAUCACGCCACAGAGGGGUAACGUAUACAACCCACCCAGAGGGAACGGCCAUUACAACUUCAUGAGGACGAUAAAGUCUCCAGCCGAGAGGCGUGCAGAGACCUGCGAGGACUACUCGCCCUGUCGCUUCUACGCCUACCGCCACGGCUUUCAGCAGGCCUACCAGAGAUACUUUGGAGCCCGAAACGCACCCCAGAGACCAGCUGCGACUCGUCGAUACUAGACAGACAGUAUCAGUGUGUCAAAUUGCAGAAUUAUCAUUAUCGUCUGGGAAUGAACGCGCGUUCCUUCGUUUCACAUAUCACGACUUUUAUAUAAUUUAUGUAGUUGUUUUUGUGGCCUCUUCUGGAUGUGAAAUGAGUCCUAGAAGAAAACACAUUCUAUAAACACGGAGUCAUCCAGUGCGGCUCACAACCUGUCAUUACGCACAUGUAGAAAUUCAUGGCCCAUCUCUUGUGUAAUCUCAGGAUAACUUUUUAUCCACUAUUAUCACACCUUCACAGCAUUUAGGAGCUUUAUGUGAUAUGCACGAGUGAAGCGUUCUGCUCACUAUCCACUAACCGUUUCUUACGUUAUCCACCUAUUUAUCCAGGCCGGCACUGCUGUCAGUGAUUAUUUCCAUUGCUUUGAAAAUAAAUAAAAUUCCCUUUUUUG